AUGAAUAAAUUACCAAUUUCGCGCUUAUUAGAGGAGUACUUAAGUAUUCAGGUGCAAAAGCCACAGCAGCAGCACGAGCAGUAUAUUGGCCCGGCGUAUGAUCCGUCACGAGACCUCUCGCCGAAUCUUCCCUCGUGUGAUUCGUCAAUGGGUGAUCCCGAACAGAGUAUCUCUAGUGGUAGUUCUUGCAGCACUCCAUCCAACAACAACCACCAAUCGUGCGGAUCAGAGAUUUGCAGGCCGCCACACGGAUCUUCGGGGCUGUCUCAGCACCAGACGCAAAGGCCACUUACGCCGCCAGAUCUGUGCAGGCCUCAUUCUUCUUUUGAACAGCAUAUACCAAAGAUAGAGCCUUUACAGUCUUCCACGCCUCCGGAGAGUCCUGCAGCUAGCUGCGUUGAAGAGAACGGGACAUUUUGUAAAAAGACAAGUCAACCGGAAAAAACAAGUAAUAGUUCACAUCCCAUAAAACUGUUCACUCUUGACAACCUUUAG